AUGCUCCGAGCUCUUCGCGGAGCUGCGAGCUCGAUUUUUGGCGGUAUCGCCAAAAAUGAGCAGAUUUUGAGUAGAAGGAUGUUGUCGACAGCUGCGCCAAGCGAAGAGCCAGCCAUCAAAAAAGAGGAAUCGGAAGAAACACCGGAAGAAACAGCUGGAGAACCAAUGAAGGUGAGAAAAUAUGUAUUUUGUGGUUUUUACGCUUGACUUACUUGCUAGGGAGAAAAUUAAGAGUUUUAGCAGUUUUCAAAAUUGCUCGUUUUGAAACCGUAAAAAUUAUUUCUACCUUUUUAAUAAAAUCCCGAUUGGGUGGUGUCUCGAUGGAAGAAGCAUUUUUCAAUGGGGUCCCCCCUGUUCUCUUUUUUUAGAUGUCGCAAUUUUGGACAUUUCCCAUUUUUUCCGAAAAUCAUACCUUCGCGAACGUCCAAAAGGAUCCGAUCCUGGACCUUCUGAACAAAAAACACGUGAUCUAACCACUUAACCAUUUCUGACACAAGAAAUGACCAUUAAUUCGCUUAGAAAUGCUCGAAGAAAAAUUUUUGACGUGAGAAAAAUAAUCUACCUUUUUUUCAGAAAAAAAAUUAUUGUCAGAAAAAAUUUUAGUGAGCAUUUAUAGAGUACUGUCUAAAGAACAUUCUAUUUUUUUAUCAAAUAUUGCCCCGCCUGGGGCCUAACAGCCCCUAUCGAGUACUUUAAAACAGAAAAAUGAUUUUCCAUGGCAAAAUUAGGAAGCCUUCCUGAUUCCUAAUUUUGCAACGAGUCAUUUUUCAAUCAAAAAACUUGAAUUUUUUGAUGAAAACAAUUGUAAUUCAUUUGUAAGAUUUUUGAAAAAAAAAUCGGCCCGAGACUUUUGGAAAAAAAUCGGCCCGAGAUUUUUGAAAAAAAAAUCGGCCCGAUUUUUGGAAAAAAAAUCGGGCCGAGAUUUUUGAAAAAAAAUCGGGCCGAGAUUUUUGGAAAAAAAAUCGGACCGAGAUUUUUGAAAAAAAAAAAUCGGCCCGAGAUUUUUGGAAAAAAAAUCGGGCCGAGAUUUUUGAAAAAAAAUCGGGCCGAGAUUUUUGGAAAAAAAAUCGGACCGAGAUUUUUGAAAAAAAAAUCGGCCCGAGAUUUUUGGAAAAAAAAUCGGGCCGAGAUUUUUGAAAAAAAAUCGGCCCGAGACUUUUGGAAAAAAAAAUCGGCCCGAGAUUUUUGGAAAAAAAAUCGGCCCGAGAUUUUUGGAAAAAAAAUCGGGCCGAGAUUUUUGAAAAAAAAUCGGGCCGAGACUUUUGAAAAAAAAAAUCGGCCCGAGAUUUUUGGAAAAAAAUCGGGCCGAGAUUUUUGAAAAAAUCGGCCCGAGAUUUUUGGAAAAAAAUCGGGCCGAGAUUUUUGAAAAAAAAUCGGCCCGAGACUUUUGGAAAAAAAAAUCGGCCCGAGAUUUUUGGAAAAAAAUCGGGCCGAGAUUUUUGAAAAAAAAUCGGGCCGAGAUUUUUGAAAAAAAAUCGGACCGAGAUUUUUCAAAAAAUCGGCCCGAGUUUUUUCAAAAAAAAAAUCGGCCCGAGAUUUUUGGAAAAAAAUCGGCCCGAGAUUUUUGGAAAAAAAAUCGGGCCGAGAUUUUUGAAAAAAAAUCGGCCCGAGACUUUUGGAAAAAAAAAUCGGCCCGAGAUUUUUGGAAAAAAAAUCGGGCCGAGAUUUUUGAAAAAAAAUCGGACCGAGAUUUUUGAAAAAAAAAUCGGCCCGAGAUUUUUGGAAAAAAAAUCGGGCCGAGAUUUUUGAAAAAAAAUCGGGCCGAGACUUUUGAAAAAAAAAUCGGCCCGAGAUUUUUGGAAAAAAAAUCGGGCCGAGAUUUUUGAAAAAAAAUCGGCCCGAGAUUUUUGGAAAAAAAUCGGGCCGAGAUUUUUGAAAAAAAAUCGGCCCGAGACUUUUAGAAAAAAAAUCGGCCCGAGAUUUUUGGAAAAAAAAUCGGGCCGAGAUUUUUGAAAAAAAAUCGGGCCGAGAUUUUUGAAAAAAAAUCGGACCGAGAUUUUUCAAAAAAAUCGGCCCGAGUUUUUUCAAAAAAAAAAAUCGGCCCGAGAUUUUUGGAAAAAAAAUCGGCCCGAGAUUUUUGGAAAAAAAAUCGGGCCGAGAUUUUUGAAAAAAAAUCGGCCCGAGACUUUUGGAAAAAAAAAUCGGCCCGAGAUUUUUGGAAAAAAAAUCGGGCCGAGAUUUUUGAAAAAAAAAUCGGGCCGAGAUUUUUGAAAAAAAAAAUCGGACCGAGAUUUUUGAAAAAAAAAAAUCGGCCCGAGACUUUUGAAAAAAAAAAUCGGACCGAGAUUUUUUCAAAAAAAAUCGGCCCGAGAUUUUUCAAAAAAAAUCGGCCCGAGAUUUUUGAAAAAAAAAUCGGCCCGAGACUUUUGAAAAAAAUCGGCCCGAGUUUUUUCAAAAAAAUCGGCCCGAGAGUUUUGAAAAAAAAUCGGCCCGAGACUUUUGGAAAAAAAUCGGCCCGAGAUUUUUGAAAAAAAAAUCGGCCCGAGACUUUUGGAAAAAAAUCGGGCCGAGAUUUUUGGAAAAAAAAUCGGCCCGAGAUUUUUGAAAAAAAAAUCGGCCCGAGAUUUUUGGAAAAAAAAUCGGGCCGAGAUUUUUGAAAAAAAAUCGGGCCGAGAUUUUUGAAAAAAAAAAUCGGGCCGAGAUUUUUGGAAAAAAAUCGGGCCGAGAUUUUUGAAAAAACUCAUCGACUCCAUUUUUACAUUUUUGGAUUAAUCCAAAUCUGUAACUUCUUAUUUAGGUCUCAAAAAAAAUCGGCCCGAGACUUUUGGAAAAAAAAAUCGGGCCGAGAUUUUUGGAAAAAAAUCGGGCCGAGAUUUUUGGAAAAAAAUCGGGCCGAGAUUUUUGAAAAAAACUCAUCGACUCCAUUUUUACAUUUUUGGAUUAAUCCAAAUCUGUAACUUCUUAUUUAGGUCUCAAAAAAAAUCGGCCCGAGACUUUUGGAAAAAAAAAAUCGGGCCGAGAUUUUUGAAAAAAAAAUCGGGCCGAGAUUUUUGAAAAAAAAUCGGGCCGAGACUUUUGAAAAAAAUCGGGCCGAGAUUUUUGAAAAAAAUCGGCCCGAGACUUUUGAAAAAAAAUCGGGCCGAGAUUUUUGGAAAAAAAAUCGGCCCGAGAUUUUUGAAAAAAAAAUCGGACCGAGAUUUUUUCAAAAAAAAUCGGCCCGAGACUUUUGGAAAAAAAAUCGGCCCGAGAUUUUUGGAAAAAAAAUCGGGCCGAGAUUUUUGAAAAAAAAUCGGGCCGAGACUUUUGAAAAAAAAUCGGGCCGAGAUUUUUGAAAAAAAAAUCGGACCGAGAUUUUUUCAAAAAAAAUCGGCCCGAGACUUUUGAAAAAAAAAAUCGGACCGAGAUUUUUUCAAAAAAAAUCGGCCCGAGACUUUUGAAAAAAAAUCGGACCGAGAUUUUUCAAAAAAAAAUCGGCCCGAGACUUUUGAAAAAAAAAAUCGGGCCGAGACUUUUGAAAAAAAAUCGGGCCGAGAUUUUUGAAAAAAAAAAAUCGGACCGAGAUUUUUGGAAAAAAAAUCGGCCCGAGAUUUUUGAAAAAAAAAUCGGGCCGAGAUUUUUGGAAAAAAAAAAUCGGCCCGAGAUUUUUGAAAAAAAAAUCGGACCGAGAUUUUUUCAAAAAAAAUCGGCCCGAGACUUUUGGAAAAAAAAAUCGGCCCGAGACUUUUGGAAAAAAAAUCGGCCCGAGAUUUUUGGAAAAAAAAUCGGGCCGAGAUUUUUGAAAAAAAAUCGGGCCGAGACUUUUGAAAAAAUCGGGCCGAGAUUUUUGAAAAAAAAUCGGACCGAGAUUUUUUCAAAAAAAAUCGGCCCGAGACUUUUGAAAAAAAAAAUCGGACCGAGAUUUUUUCAAAAAAAAUCGGCCCGAGACUUUUGAAAAAAAAAAUCGGGCCGAGACUUUUGAAAAAAAAUCGGGCCGAGAUUUUUGAAAAAAAAAUCGGACCGAGAUUUUUGAAAAAAAAAUCGGGCCGAGAUUUUUGAAAAAAAAAUCGGACCGAGAUUUUUGAAAAAAAAUCGGACCGAGAUUUUUGAAAAAAAUCGGACCGAGAUUUUUGAAAAAAAAUCGGACCGAGAUUUUUGAAAAAAAAAAUCGGGCCGAGAUUUUUGAAAAAAAAAUCGGGCCGAGAUUUUUGAAAAAAAAAAUCGGACCGAGAUUUUUGAAAAAAAUCGGGCCGAGAUUUUUGAAAAAAAAAAUCGGACCGAGAUUUUUGAAAAAAAAUCGGACCGAGAUUUUUGAAAAAAAAAUCGGGCCGAGAUUUUUGAAAAAAAAAUCGGACCGAGAUUUUUUCAAAAAAAAACUCAUCGACUUCAUUUUUACAUUUUUGGAUUAAUCCAAAUCUGUAACUUCUUACUCAGGUCUACCUUUUUAAUAAAAUCCCGGUUGGGUGAUGUCUCGAUGGAAGUAGGAUUUUUCAAUGAGGUUUAAUACAGAAAAAUGAUUUUCCAUGGCAAAAUUAGGAAGCCUUCCUGAUUCCUGAUUUUGCCACGAGUCAUUUUUUGAUAAAAAAACUUGUAAUUUUUGAUGAAUUCAAUUGUAAUUCUUGUUCUUAACAUCUUUCGAGUACAUUUAAUUCAAAAAAAUAAUUAAAUAAAUUUUUUUUUCAAAAAAUUGAUAGAUGACGUCAUCAAUGGCAAAAUUAGGAAGAUUUCUUGAUUUUGCCACAAGUCAUUUUUUGUUCUGUGGACAAUAAUUACAGAAAAAAAGUGAAACUGAAAUAAAUGAGAAGACUGUUACGCCUGGGGGCUAACAGCCCCUAGUCUUUUUUAAAAUUUUCAUAGUCUCAAAUAUCUCCACACCGUGUGAAAAUUGACGUGGUAUCGAUCAAAAAAGCUCAAAAAUUUAAUUAGAAAAAUCUGAAACAGUUAAAUUUUUACAAGUAAAAAUCAUGAAUUCGUGAGAAAAUUUGAAUUUUAUAAUUUUUGAAACAGUUGAAAAAUUGAUUUUUCUAUUUUUUUGAAAUUUGGUUCCCUAACUAUGGCAUUUUGAGCAAUUUUAUUAAUUCUCUCUUGUCAGUUUUUCCGAAAUAAAAAAAAUCAGUCAUCAACGAUUUGCAGCUCAACAUUUAAUUUAGAAAAUCUGAAACAGUGGAUUUUUUUUAAAUUCUUUACAUUUUGUCUCUACUAGUGAAAAAGUUGAAUUUCAAAGUUGUUAGGAAUCAUUUGAUUCAAAGAAUAAAUUUCAAGUCUGUUGGGAUUUUUAUCAAUUUCAAUAAAAUUCAAUUUCACCUUUCUAUUUUUCAAAUGGAACAUAAAAACGAAUCAAACUUCAUCAUUAUUCAUAUUUUUUAUGAAUAAUUUGAAACAGUGGAUUUUUUUGUCAAUUUGUUAUAUUUUCAGGAAGCUCGAUUGACUCAAAAAUAUUCUUCACAAGCCAUUCAAAAACUGAAAUUGGAUCAAUAUUCAUUGUAAGUUCACAUUUCCCGAAUUUCUCUUCAAAUCUCAAAAUUCCAUUUCAGAUAUGUUGAACGAGAAUGGUGGAAAACUGGAAAAAGAAUGACAUUUUGGGCGACUUGGCGACAAUUGAGAGAUGUUAAAAGAAGACAACAAGUUCAAGUGAGUUUUCUUUUGGGGCGUUUUGCAAUUAGACUAGGAAAAGGAGAGUUCCUUUUUUUGUUGGUCAUCAAUCUUCGUAGAUUGUUUGAAGGAUGAAGGAUGAAGAAGUUUUUUUUUGGAAAAAAUAAUAUUUUUUCUUGAACUAUGACGUGGCAAUUUAAAAACUAUAUUUUUGAUUUAUCUUAUGUUUUCUAUUUUUACUUGAACGUUGACAAAUUUUAAAAAGUAUGUCGAAAAUAAUUUUUUUUUAAAUUAUAAAUAAGCAUUUUUAAAUGUAAAAUGUUUAUAAUAGAAAAUCUUUGAAACAGUGAGAUUUUUUUUUCGAAAAAUGUGCUUCCAUUAGAUUGUUUUGAAACUUGACCUGGUAUCAAGUUUGAGAUGAAUUUUCUCCGUUUGCCAAAAUUACUAGGUUUAAUGUGAUUAUUUUGUUGAAAACUUGAUUGAAACGAAUACCGCCAUAUCACGCAUCUCCGAAAAUUAUUUUCUAAUUUUUCAUGGAUUUUUUGAAACAGUGAAUUUUUUUCAUUGAAUUUUGCAAAUCAUUUUCGAUAAUAAAAUAAUCUGAGAAUCGAGGAAAUUCAAAAGUUAAAAAUGGAAAGAUAAUAUAUUUAUGACUUAUUUAUUUAUAUUAAUAAUUUUUAUUCAUCUUUUUUUUCAACACGAACUCGGUACUAUCACUGAACAAUUUGAAACUUUGGUGAUAUAAAAUCUUUGAAACAGUUAAUUUUUUUUAAAUAUAUUAGUUCAAUUUUUGAAUUUUUUUUUACAAAUGAAAUUCAACGUAAUGCCAAGUUACUCUUUGAUUGUAUUGAAUUUUUGAAACAGUAAAAAUUCACAAAACAAUUUUUCAAUUAUUUUUCACAGGAAGUCGGUGCCGAUCGAAUGCGUCUAAAAGCCAUCAAAUUCAACACAAUCCUUCCGCAAGCGAUCCGCGACGAAGCCGCCGACAAACUCUUCACCGCUCGUCGCUACGAUCAUCCGCGUCUCAUCUUGAACAUGUGCCAAUUCACCGGAAGACAACGCGGUAAAAUAAAACCGUAUCGUUUGAGUCGACAUUUGUUCCGAAAAAUGGCCGAUCAUUCGUCGUUGAGUGGAGUUCAAAGAGCCAUGUGGUAG